GGUACAACACAGCGCAGAGCAGAGCGGGGCUGGCUGCGCAGCUCUGCAGAGAGAGAGAGGGCGACAUCCCGGCCUCCUGGCACUGACUGCGAGUGGGGCAGUGAAGUGCAUGUACUGAUCUGAGGAGGAGGGGGACCAAAAAAUUUUCAGGAACCAAAGCAGAGAUGAAAGACAAAGCAGAAUGAAGCCAACACAGAGGCUAUCUUCAGAAAGUCUUUGUCAUUUCUCUGCAAUUGCAAAAGGACUCAGUGAACGACAGGAGCCGUGUGAGGCAAUUACCAGAGGUGCCCCCCAUCCCUGCUUCUGCUGCAGCUGCACCUUCGGAGUUGCAGGAGCUUGUCCUUAAAAACAGAUGUUAUCCUCGUUUGAUGCAAGAAGCAUCUUGGACUUUGGCAGCUCCAUUCAAAGAACAAAGUUACCACCGAAGCCCCAGUGACUCCAUAGCUAAUAACUACACACCUACUGCACGGGACUUAAAGCUGAAAAAUCUUCACAUAUUGAAGUCCUCUUCGAUGGCGAGGACAUCACCAGGUCCAGCAGGGCAGAAAACAGUCGCACCGUCUCUAAAAGAAUUGGAACCUUCCAGGAAGAGGCUCAAAACUGCUCCAAGAAGUCCACGUGGUUCUGAUAGAAGUACCCCGGUGUUACGCGGUCUCCUUUCUCUGCAUGCGGCUGCUGGUAGGCCAGAAUUAGAUGCUAUGCAUUACACAGAAGACCAACCACUGACUCCAGAAGAGCAGUUUGUUGUCAUGUACUCACACCAGGAGGAGAUGAAUAAGCGAGAAAAGUCACCUUCAGGAAAUGAUAGAGAGCGGUAUUGGCACUAUGUGCACAGUGCAGUGCAGGAGGACAUGUUGGCACCUCAAGAUGAGGAAGUGAUGAAUGCAAUUUUAAAGCAAAUUCCAACUCGUAUUCUUGCUAACCGCUAUCUGGAGAAUUCACUUGUGAGUUUAAAAGGCGAGAUUAAGGAAGACUAUUGUAUCAGCCUCAUGAAAGCCAUUGUUGAUUACAUCUUGAUGGAUCCAGCUGAGAGAGAGAGACUUCUGAUUGGAAGUACCCCACGCCCUUUUCCCCUGAGAGUCAUCCGGGCACCCGUCCCAUGGCACAGCUCUUACAAAGAAGCAAAAAGCUGGAAUGAAAGCAAUCUGUUCAUUGUCAAUCCACUGAUGCACACUUUACAUCAGCUUUGGCUUUCUGAGUACAGUUGUCUGAGGUUUGUUCGCACUGAAGAGAUCUGUGGUGGAGAACUGCCGCUGCCGCCUGCCGGCUUUGUGGACACGGUUCGCAGGCACUGUGUGGAAGCUCAUGGUGUUCUCCUGAACAAGUGGAUCCCAACUUGUGCAUCCAUUUUACGUGAUGAGAAAAGGAAGUGGCUUCAUUUUGCUCCUGGAAAUGACUACGAUUCACCCCAGCAAAUUGAGAGUUACUUCAGCUCAGUGGCCACUCUCAUGUCGUUACAGCUCCGUCAGGUGGUUGUUAGCUCCUUGGAGGACCUUCUUAGGUUUUUUAUGAUGCACAAGGAUGGGAGUGAUUUUGCAGAACCCUAUCAAGAAAUGCAGUUCUUUUUACCUCAAAUACUGAUAGUCAAACUCAGUGUGGAAGAACCCAAGAUCGUCUUUGAGCCACCUUUGAAAGGAUGUUGGGAUUUCAUCAGUCUGUGCUUCAGGGAGAUCCUACAAAGUGCUGAGGAACUUCCAAAGGUAGAAAGACUUCUCUUUCCACAACUAAAAAGAGAUGACCUCACACUCAGUACAGUCAAACCAGACGAACCAUUGUUUGCAGAGUACAUAAACAGACUUGAAGAGAUCUUUGAGAGCAACGUGCUUGGUCCACAGAGGUAUUUAAACAUGUACAGGAAAUACAGCCAUCUUUUGAACAACAAUGCACAGCAAGAUGUUACAGAUUUCUUGAAUGGAGGUCCAUCCUUAGGAGCUUUAAGAGAGAAGAUUGACAGCUUAACAGAACUGAAAAGAGAGAUUGCUUCCAUGCGUGUCACUGUCCCUCUGGCCAUGUUCUGCCUGGAUGCUGCACAGCUGAACGAGGAGCUCUGCGUUCGGACUCAAAAUCUUAGAGAUGCAUUGAUUGAAUUUGAGGUGAUGGAAAACAGGGAAUUAAAUAAAAGAAUUUGUGGUGAAUAUAGUUUAAUUGCAAGCAGAAUGAGCAAGCCACCUCUGAACACAGCAGAGCUGAUGGAAUUGGAUGCCUACUUAAAGAAAUCCAGUCGAGUCACUGCUUCUAGACUGAGGCAGGAUGUCUGUGAAGCCGCCCGCAGACUGCAGUUCCUCAUGGACUAUGCUGACCUUUCUGGUUAUGACAUACACCUGAAUAGCACGGUUCUCCAUUGGCCCAAUCAGAUUGAGGUGAUGUUUGAAAACUGUAGAGAUGAGCUGAGCAGCAGGAGGGAGCAUGCAGAGCUGGUUUUGCUGGAAAGGUGUUCGCAGUUUGAUGAAGCUCUUGAAGGCUACAACAGAGAAGUAGAAAGCUACAAGAAGCGAGAAGUCAUGACCGUAGAGGAGAUGAAGAACAACACUGAGAAACUGAAGGAGCUAAAUAAAAAUCUAGAUGAAGCAUUGGCUGAACUCGAGGCAAUAAAUAAAGAAGAGGAAUUACUUGAGCGGGAGAAGAGUUACUUUCCUUUACUGCAGAUUAUAAUCACAAAGAAGCAGCCCAUUGAGCAGCUCUGGAUAACAGCGUAUGAUUUUCAUACCAAGUCUGAGGAGUGGAUGCACGGAUUUCUCCAGAAAUUGAAUGCUGAUGAAAUUACUGAAGAAAUUGGCGAGAUGUGGAGAACAAUGUACAAGCUCAGCAAGAGUUUUCCAGACUUGGCUGGGCCGAGGCGCUUAGCAGAAAGCACAAAAUACAAACUCGAUAAGUUUAAGCAGCAUCUUCCUGUCCUGUCCCUUGCCUGCAAUCGUGGAAUGAAGGAGAGGCAUUGGGAGCAGAUUAGUGAAGUUGUAGGAUGUGAAGUCAGACUGAACGAAACUACUACCCUUCUAAACAUGCUGGAAUUGGGACUCUCAAAAUACAUUGAUCAGCUGGAACCCAUCGGAGCAGCUGCAAGUAAGGAGUAUUCUUUAGAGAAGUCAAUAGAGAAAAUGAAAUUAGAGUGGGUCAGCGUGCAGUUCAGUCUGGUGAAAUACAGAGAUACUAACAACAGUAUCUUGUCAGCAGUUGAUGACAUCCAGCUUUUACUGGAUGAUCACAUUGUUAAGACUCAGACGAUGUGCGGCUCUCCCUUCAUCAAACCACUGGAAGCCGAAUGCCGGGCUUGGGAAGCGAAGCUGACUUUAAUGCAAAGUAUUAUAGAUAGCUGGUUGAAAUGUCAGGCGACGUGGUUGUAUUUGGAGCCAAUCUUUAGUUCGGAAGACAUUAUAGCUCAAAUGCCAGAAGAGGGCAGAAAGUUUGGUAUUGUGGAUGCAUACUGGAAGGACAUCAUGGCACAUGUGGUGAAAGACUCAAGGGUACUUGUGGCAACUGACCAACCCAAGAUGUUAGACAGACUGCAGGAAGCAAACGCUCUCUUAGAAGACAUUCAAAAGGGUUUGAAUAUUUACUUGGAAAAGAAGAGAUUGUUUUUCCCAAGAUUCUUUUUCCUGUCUAAUGAUGAGCUGCUGGAAAUACUCUCUGAAACGAAGGAUCCCCUUCGAGUGCAGCCACAUUUAAAGAAGUGUUUCGAGGGAAUUGCUCAGCUGGAGUUCACUGAGAAUUUGGAGAUUCUAGGCAUGAUCAGUUCGGAGAAGGAAAUCGUUCCUUUCAUAGAAAAAAUCUAUCCUACAAAUGCAAAAGGCAUGGUAGAAAAAUGGCUUUUGCAAGUUGAGGAAAUGAUGCUGGCCAGCGUAAGACAAGUUCUUCAAGAUGGCAUAGAAGGAUACGUCAAGGUUCCUCGAAAAGCUUGGGUACUGCAGUGGCCCGGGCAGGUGGUGGUUUGUGUUUCAUCCAUUUACUGGACAGAAGCAGUAUCUGAGGCCAUAAGGAAAGGAACCUUACAAGAUUUCUUGGAGGAGAGCAAUCAGCAGAUUGGAGACAUUGUUGACCUGGUGAGAGGAAAGCUGUCCAGUGGAGCCCGGCUGACUCUCGGAGCUCUUACUGUCAUCGAUGUGCAUGCUCGUGAUGUGGUUGAAAAAUUGGUUGAAGACAAAAUCACAGAUCUGAAUGACUUCCAGUGGAUUUCUCAGCUGAGAUACUACUGGGAAGGGGAGGAUGUGAUGGUACGAAUGAUUACAACAGAAGCCAAAUAUGGAUAUGAAUAUCUGGGCAAUUGUUCACGUCUGGUUAUAACCCCGCUAACAGACCGGUGUUAUAGGACAUUAAUGGGUGCCUUGAAAUUAAAUCUUGGUGGUGCUCCAGAAGGACCUGCUGGGACUGGCAAAACAGAAACAACUAAAGAUCUGGCAAAAGCACUAGCUAAACAGUGUGUGGUCUUUAACUGCUCGGAUGGUCUUGAUUACAAGGCAAUGGGCAAGUUCUUUAAAGGUCUGGCACAGUCUGGGGCAUGGUCCUGCUUUGAUGAAUUCAAUCGGAUUGAGGUUGAAGUAUUGUCUGUGGUCGCCCAACAAAUACUUACCAUACAGCAAGCUAUUAUCCGUAAAGUCAAAACGUUCAUCUUUGAAGGCACUGAGAUCUCUCUCAAUCCCACCUGUGCUGUGUUCAUCACAAUGAAUCCUGGCUAUGCCGGCCGGGCUGAGCUGCCCGAUAAUCUGAAGGCAUUGUUUCGAACAGUUGCCAUGAUGGUACCGGAUUAUUCUUUGAUUGGAGAAAUUUCACUUUAUUCUAUGGGAUUUUUGGACUCUCGAAGUCUUGCCCAGAAGAUCGUCGCCACGUACCGCUUGUGCUCAGAGCAGCUCUCAUCUCAGCACCACUAUGAUUAUGGCAUGCGUGCUGUUAAAUCUGUGCUGACAGCAGCAGGAAACUUAAAGCUGAAGUACCCAGCUGAGAAUGAGAGUGUGCUGCUGCUGCGCGCUUUGAUGGAUGUGAACCUCGCCAAAUUCCUGGCACAGGAUGUGCCGUUGUUUCAGAGUAUCAUAUCUGACCUGUUCCCGGGAGUGGUUCUUCCCACACCUGACUACGAGCUCUUUGUUGAGGCAGUGACUGCAAAUAUCAGGAAAAUGGAUCUUCAGCCGGUUCCGUGGUUCAUCGGGAAAAUUAUUCAGGUUCCUCUCACACUUCUGGGGGGGAGGACAAUAUACGAAAUGAUGCUGGUGCGCCAUGGCUUCAUGAUUGUUGGAGAUCCUCUGGGUGGGAAGACGUGUGCAUACCAAGUGCUGGCUGGAGCCCUUGGGGAUCUGUGUGCAGCAAAAUCAAUGGAUGAAUUUGCUGUUGAAUUCCAAGUUAUUAAUCCUAAAGCAAUUACCAUGGGACAACUGUACGGCAGCUUUGAUCCUGUAAGCCAUGAGUGGACAGAUGGGGUUCUCGCACACGCCUUCAGGGCACAAGCAUCUUCUACUACAGAUGAUCGAAAGUGGAUUGUAUUUGAUGGCCCAGUGGAUGCAGUUUGGAUAGAGAAUAUGAACACUGUGCUGGAUGACAAUAAAAAGCUGUGCCUAAUGAGUGGUGAAAUAAUUCAGAUGAAUUCAAAAAUGAGCUUAAUCUUUGAGGCAGCAGACUUAGAGGAAGCAUCUCCAGCGACUGUUAGCAGAUGUGGUAUGAUCUAUAUGGACCCACAGCAGCUGGGUUGGAAGCCGCUGAAGGAUUCCUACAUGCAUACACUGCCUCCAAACCUGCAGGAUGAGCACCGGGAGCUGGUCAACAACCUGUUCAUGUGGCUAGUUGAGCCCUGUUUAGAUUUCAUUCACCAUCAUUGCAAAGCCAUUGUACAAACGUCCUCUAUUCAUCUGACUUAUAGCUUGAUGAAACUGUAUACUUGUCUGCUUGAUGAAAUAAAGCAACCUGAGGAAGAGGGGAAGGAAAGCAUGUCGAGUCAGCAGAUCGCCUUGUGGCUGCAGGGGCUCUUCCUUUUUGCUUUGGUUUGGACGAUUGGUGGGACCAUUGAUGCAGACAGCAGAAAGAAGUUUGAUUUGUUUUACCGUAACUUGUUAAUGGGGACAGAUGAUGGAAACCAACGCCCUAAGAAUGUGAAGAUUACCAGAAACAACAUCUUCCCAGAAAAAGGGAAUGUUUAUGACUUCUAUUUUUACAAGCGUGGAAGUGGGCAGUGGAACCUUUGGACGGAUUACAUCACACAAGAUGAACAAGUUAUCUCCCCAGGAGCGAAGGUGUCGGAGCUAAUCAUUCCAACAAUGGAAACUGCCAGACAGAUGUUCUUUCUGAAAACAUAUGUGGAACAUAAUAUCCCUUUGCUUUUUGUGGGUCCCACUGGCACUGGAAAAUCAGCUAUAACAAACAGUUUUCUACUACAGCUUCCCAAGCCAACAUAUAUCCCAGUUUUCAUCAACUUCUCUGCAAGAACCUCAGCUAACCAAACCCAGGACAUUAUCAUGUCCAAGCUGGACAGAAGAAGAAAAGGAUUAUUUGGGCCUCCCUCAGGGAAAAGGGCUGUGAUAUUUGUAGAUGACCUAAACAUGCCGGCCAAGGAGGCGUACGGAGCACAGCCACCCAUUGAGCUUCUCAGGCAGUGGAUUGAUCACGGUCACUGGUAUGACCAGAAAGAUGCAUCCAAGAUUAAUAUUGUAGAUGUGCUGCUUCUGUCAGCUAUGGGUCCUCCUGGGGGAGGCAGGAAUGAUAUUACAGGGCGCUUUGUGCGGCACUUGAACGUUGUAUCUAUCUGUUCUUUUGAUGAUGACAUUCUCACCAAGAUUUUUACUGCAGUUGCUGAUUGGCAUUUUAGCAAAGGCUUUGAGUCCAUCUUUCUAAGGCUUGGUAAGAUAAUGGUCCAAGCAACAAUGAUGAUUUACAAAAUGGCAGUUGAGAAUUUCCUCCCAACUCCUUCAAAAUCCCAUUAUGUCUUUAAUCUCCGAGAUUUUUCCCGGGUUGUUAAAGGAGUGCUGCUCUGUCCACACACUCAUCUGCAGAGUGAAGACAAGCUGAUCCGUCUUUGGAUUCAUGAGGUGUACCGAGUUUUCUAUGAUCGCUUAGUUGAUGAGGAGGACAGGGAGGUAUUCUUUCAGAUGGUAAAAAAGACAACAUCAGACAGCUUCAAGCAGAACCUUGAUAAGGUACUGAGUCAUCUCUCACCCACUGGCAAGGUCACAGAUGAUCAUAUCCGCAGCCUUUUCUUUGGAGACUAUCUGAAGCCAGACAGUAAUGCAAAAGUGUACGAUGAAAUCACAGACUUGAAGGAACUGACAGCUGUGAUGGAAUCCUACCUGGAGGAAUACAACAAUACCAGCAGAGCACCAAUGCCCCUAGUCAUGUUCAAGUUUGCUAUUGAGCAUAUCUCAAGGAUAUGCAGAGUACUGAAACAAGAUAAUGGACAUCUUUUGUUGGUGGGCAUUGGUGGAAGUGGUCGACAAAGUGCUACCAAGCUAGCCACCUACAUGAGUAUGUUUGAACUCUUUCAAAUUGAAAUUACAAAGUCCUAUGGAAUCAAUGAAUGGAAAGAAGAUAUCAAACGAGUCAUGCUAAAGGCUGGUGUUGGUAACAAGAACAUUUCCUUUUUGUUCUGUGAUAAUCAAAUAAAGGAUGAAGCAUUUAUAGAAGACAUCAACAUGCUUUUAAAUACUGGUGAUGUGCCUAAUAUUUUUGCUGCUGAUGAGAAGGCUGAAAUUGUUGAGAAAAUGCAAAGUGCAUCAAGGAUGGGGAGUGAGAAAAUUGAAGCUACUCCGCUUGCUAUGUACAAUUUCUUUAUUGAAAGGAUGAAGAAAAAUUUACAUAUUGUCUUAGCAAUGAGCCCUAUUGGUGAUGCAUUUCGGAAUCGAUUACGGAUGUUCCCAUCGCUGAUAAACUGUUGCACCAUUGACUGGUUCCAAACCUGGCCUGCAGAUGCUUUGGAAAUGGUUGCUAACAAGUUUUUAGAGGAUGUUGAACUUGAAGAUGACAUUAGAACAGAGGUUGUGUCAAUGUGCAAAUAUUUCCAAGAAAGUGUGAGAGAGCUCUCCAUCAACUAUUACAGUAGACUGCGAAGGCACAACUACGUAACGCCAACAUCAUACCUAGAGCUGAUUCUUACCUUUAAAACUCUGCUGAUAAGCAAAAGGCAAGAAGUUGACACAAUGAGAAAUCGUUAUCUUACAGGGCUUCAAAAACUUGACUUUGCAUCUUCACAAGUUGCAGAGAUGCAGAAAGAACUGACCGCUCUUCAGCCUGAACUAAUUCAAACUUCUGCAGAAACAGAAAAAAUGAUGAUCCAGAUUGAAAAAGAAACAGCUGAAGUAGACACAAAGAAGAAAAUCGUGUCAGCAGAUGAAAGGGAGGCUAAUGAAGCAGCAGCUGCUGCAAAAGCUAUUAAGGAUGAAUGUGAAGGAGACCUUGCAGAAGCCAUGCCAGCUUUGGAGGCAGCACUUGAAGCUCUUGAUACCCUGAAUCCUUCAGAUAUUUCUCUUGUGAAGUCCAUGCAGAAUCCACCUGGUCCUGUUAAGCUUGUCAUGGAGAGUAUCUGUGUCAUGAAAGGAACUAAACCAGAGAGAAAACCUGAUCCGAGUGGCAGUGGUAAAAUGAUAGAAGACUACUGGGGGCCCUCUAGAAAAAUUCUUGGAGAUCUGAAGUUCCUGGAGAGCUUGAAGACGUACGACAAGGAUAAUAUUCCUCCAGCUGUAAUGAAGAGAAUUAGAGAGAGGUUUAUUGAUCAUCCAGAUUUUCAGCCAGCUGUCAUUAAAAAUGUCUCAUCAGCCUGUGAAGGACUGUGUAAGUGGGUGCGAGCCAUGGAGGUCUAUGACCGCGUUGCAAAAGUGGUUGCCCCGAAACGUGAACGUUUGAGAACUGCAGAAGAGUUACUGGAUGUUCAAAUGCAGAAGCUAAAGACAAAGCAGGCGGAACUUAAGCAGGUUGUUGAUCGCCUCCAAGCUUUGAAUGAUGACUUUGAAAGCAUGAAUGACCGGAAGAGAGAGUUAGAAAACAAUAUUGAACUCUGCUCACAAAAACUUGUGAGAGCUGAACAGCUCAUUAGUGGUCUUGGUGGAGAGAAAGAUAGGUGGACAGAAGCUGCACGGUUACUGAGAAUCCGGUACAUAGACCUUACAGGAGAUGUGUUGUUAUCUUCAGGAACUGUGGCUUAUCUGGGAGCCUUUACUGUAGACUACCGUUUGCAGUGUCAAAAGCAAUGGCAGGUUCUGUGCAAUGAGAAGAACAUACCAUGCUCCAGUGAUUUUACCUUAAGUAACACCUUAGGGGAUCCAGUCAAAAUCCGUGCAUGGCAGAUUGCUGGAUUGCCAAUUGAUUCUUUUUCCAUUGACAAUGGCAUAAUUGUUUCUAACUCAAGGAGAUGGGCUUUAAUGAUAGAUCCUCAAAGGCAAGCUAACAGGUGGGUGAAGAAUAUGGAGAAAGCCAACAAGCUCUCAGUUAUCAAAUUAUCUGAUGCACAUUAUGUUAGGACGUUAGAAAAUGCUAUUCAGCUUGGAACGCCUGUCCUGCUGGAAAAUAUUGGAGAAGAAUUGGAUGCUUCCAUAGAACCCAUCUUACUAAAGCUAACGUUCAAACAACAAGGAGUAGAAUACAUUAAAUUAGGGGAAAAUAUAAUUGAAUAUUCAAGAGAUUUCAGGCUUUACAUAACGACCCGCUUAAGAAAUCCUCAUUAUCUUCCUGAAGUGGCUGUUAAAGUUUGUCUGCUCAACUUCAUGAUUACACCGUUAGGUCUUCAGGACCAGCUUCUCGGAAUUGUAGCUGCAGAGGAAAAGCCUGAACUAGAAGAAAAAAAAAAUAAACUGAUUAUAGAAAGUGCGACUAACAAGAAACAAUUAAAGGAAAUAGAAGACAAAAUCCUGGAGGUCCUUUCCAAGUCAGAAGGAAACAUCUUAGAAGAUGAAACAGCAAUUAAUAUUUUGUCUUCGUCCAAGGAGUUGUCUGAAGAAAUCUCUGAAAAGCAAAAAGUUGCCUCGGCGACUGAAAUGCAGAUAGAUUCUACUCGAGUGGGGUAUAAGCCCGUUGCUGUUCAUUCAGCUGUUGUCUUCUUCUGCAUCUCUGAUCUGGCAAACAUUGAACCCAUGUACCAGUAUUCAUUGACAUGGUUCAUCAACUUGUAUGUUCAGUCCAUUGCUAAAAGCAAAAAGAGUGAAGAUCUAGAAGAGAGGAUUAAAAAUAUAAUAGAACAUUUCACAACAAGCAUCUAUAACAACGUCUGUCGCUCACUGUUUGAGAAGGAUAAGCUGUUAUUCUCCCUCCUCCUGACAGUGGGCAUAAUGAAGGGAAGAGGCCAAAUAGAUGAUGAAGUUUGGCGUUUCCUACUGACAGGAGGAGUUGCUCUUGACAACCCUCAUCCUAACCCAGCUCCAGAUUGGCUCUCUGACAAAUCCUGGGCAGAGUUUGUGCGUGCAUCUUGUCUGACAAACCUACAGGGACUGAUGGAACAUGUAAGGGAUAAUUUUUCAAAAUGGAAGCAAAUCUAUGACUCUGCAAGACCCCAUGAAGAAAAUUUCCCAGAUGCGUGGAACACAUCAACGGGAUUGGAUCGUAUGGUGAUUCUCAGGUGCUUGAGACCUGACAAAAUAGUUCCAGCAGUGCAGAAGUUCAUCGUAGAAAACAUGGGAAGAACGUUUAUUGAACCGCCUACUUUUGAUCUUGGACGAAGCUACAGUGAUUCCAAUUGCUGUGCCCCUUUGAUUUUUGUGUUAUCACCAGGUGCUGACCCCAUGGCAGGUUUGCUAAAAUUUGCUGACGAUGUUGGCAUGGGAGGUGCAAACAUUCAGACUGUUUCGCUUGGACAAGGUCAGGGCCCAAUAGCAGCCAACAUGAUCCGCCAGGCAGUCACUGUUGGGAGCUGGGUGGUGUUGCAGAACUGCCAUCUUGCAACCAGCUGGAUGCCUGCUUUGGAGAAAAUCUGUGAGGAAGUGAUAGUGCCUGAGAGCACCAAUGAUAAGUUCCGACUGUGGUUAACCAGUUAUCCAUCAGCAGAAUUUCCUGUUAGUAUUCUCCAGAAUGGCGUCAAAAUGACAAAUGAACCUCCAAAAGGGGUCAGAGCAAACCUCCUUCGAUCGUACCUCAAUGACCCCAUCUCUGACACCGUAUUCUUUAGCAGUUGCCAAAAGCCAGAAAUGUGGCAAAAAUUGUUGUUUGGUCUUUGCUUUUUUCAUGCUGUUGUGCAGGAAAGGAGAAACUUUGGCCCAUUGGGUUGGAAUAUUCCAUAUGAGUUCAACGAGUCUGACCUCAGGAUCAGCAUGCAGCAGAUACACAUGUUUUUGAAUGAAUAUGAAGAAGUCCCUUUUGAAGCUCUGACAUAUCUAACAGGGGAAUGUAACUAUGGGGGGAGAGUAACAGACGAUAAAGACAGGCGGCUUCUUCUGUCCCUUCUGUCUACAGUCUACAACAAGGAUAUAGAGCAGGACAAGUACAUGCUUGCACCUGGCGGUGACUACUAUAUCCCACCACAUGGUCCAUAUGAGUCUUACAUUGAAUACCUAAGAAGCUUACCAAGUGUGACACACCCUGAGGUGUUUGGGCUUCAUGAGAACGCAGACAUUACCAAGGAUACCCAGGAGACUAACCAGCUUUUCAGCGGAGUGCUCCUGACUUUGCCUAGAGUGGCAGGGGGAGGUGGCAGAUCUCCUCAGAAAACUGUUGCAGAUUUGGCACAGGACAUCCUAUCCAAAUUACCACGUGACUUUGACGUUGAGGAGGUGAUGAAGAUGUACCCGGUGCUUUAUGAAGAGUCCAUGAAUACAGUCCUGAGGCAGGAGCUGAUUCGAUUCAACAGGCUUACUCAGGUGGUUCGAAGCAGCCUUGUUAAUAUUGGCAAAGCCAUCAAGGGCCAAGUGUUGAUGUCGGCUGAACUUGAAGAUGUUUUCAACAGCAUGUUAAUGGGAAAAGUGCCAUCAAUGUGGGCUGUCAAGUCCUAUCCGUCCCUGAAGCCCCUGGGGAGCUACGUGUCCGAUCUGCUUUGUCGUUUGGGCUUCUUCCAGGAUUGGGUCAUCAAUGGGCCACCCACUGUCUUUUGGCUGUCAGGAUUCUACUUCACUCAGUCUUUUUUGACAGGUGUUUUACAAAACUAUGCCAGAAAAUACACCAUCCCCAUUGACCGCAUCGGAUUUGAAUUUGAGGUGAUGAAGCAGGAGAACACAAUGGAGAAAAUACCGGAAGAUGGGGCUUACGUGAAAGGCCUUUUUUUGGAAGGUGCACGAUGGGAUCGAGAAUCCGCGGUGAUUGGAGAAUCGCUUCCAAAAAUCCUAUAUGAUCCCUUGCCCAUAAUAUGGCUGAAGCCCGGAGAAAGUUCCAGGUUUCUUCACAUGAACAUCUAUUCCUGCCCUGUGUACAAGACGAGUGCAAGAAGAGGCGUCUUGUCCACUACCGGCCACUCAACCAACUACGUUCUGUCUGUCGAGCUCCCUUCAGCGCAGCCCCAGAAGCACUGGAUAAACCGAGGUGUGGCAGCGCUGUGCCAGCUCGAUGACUGAGACAGCUCAGUGCACUCUUCAUUCGCAAUUAAAAGAUACGCUUUGCUCCCUA